AUGAAGGAUCUGGCAUCCAAACAGAACAAUCGAAAUAUACCAACGCCUAAUAUAGUAUUAUUUAUUCGUGCUAUUAUAGUCCUCGUGUUUUUACUGGGUUAUAUUUUUAGAGAAUAUUUACAAACUAUCAUCAACGAAAGUUGGUCAUUUUUACUAGAAUCGUCUGUGUUUAAUUCUGUGUAUUUUGAAAGCUGGUGGGCGACUCUUUGUUAUGCAAUUGUGAUCCCUGUGUAUCCGUUCGGGAUUCAUUAUAUCGAACCCUUGGAUAAGUAUAAGAUAGAUCCGUCCGUAACGUACGUUCAUCAGACCAUAAUGGAAUUGGUUGGUCAAGCUGUGAUAUACCUUAGUCCCCUCAUGUUAAUGGAUACGUUCAUGGUGAAGAAGUAUGCUGGUGUUGAGCCGACAAUUUGGGUCGAGAAACGUCAAUCGUGGAUUCAGACCACCAGAGCUUUACCAGAGGAUCCACCAACAUUGUUCUUUCUAGUGUUUGAUUUAUUCGGCAGUAUCCUAAUAUAUGAUGCAUUGUUCUUCUUCUUCCAUUUCGCCAUUCAUAAGAACAAUUGGUUAUAUAAGAAUUUACAUGCCGUGCAUCACCACCACGACAAAAUGCACGCGCAUAUUACUAACCAACUGAGCGUCAGUGAGCGUAUUAUCCUAAUUCUCUCAGCGAACUUUGCCUUAAAAAUACUCAACAGCCAUCCUCUUACCAGACUCCUGUUUGUACCAGUGUUUAUAUUUUUACUAGUGGACAAUCACCUCGGCUAUGACUUGCCAUUUGGCUGGGAUAAAAUAGUGCCAUUCCAUCUGAUGGGUGGUCCCAGAAAGCAUUAUCAUCAUCAUAUUCACGGCGGUGGAAAUUAUCAACCGUUCCUCUGUUAUCUUGAUCAACUGUUAGAGAAACGAAGGCAGAAGAAAGUUUAA